CUCCCCACGAAGAAGAAGUCCUGUUUACCUCCUGAGACCUUCCCAUGAAACGUGCAGAGACAGAAGCUCCAGCAACAACUCGACAUAUCACCACAGUCUAAACGGUGAUCCUGCAACUAGACGUCCAACCUGAGAGUCAACUGAAGUGAUCCCCCGGUACUGGAAACUCAGCUGAGACAGCGAGCUAAACCCGGAUCGUGGCCUACUGUAUGAUCCAGACCGAACCUGAUUCGCUUGUCAAGAAGACAUCAGACUCCAGUCCUGCCCGUCAGGUAGACAGAGAAACCAGGAAGCAUCUGUUCCUCCCUGAAGAGACGCAGGCUGAAAACCAGAUGAUCACAUUCACCUUCCAAACCAAACUGAACCAAACCAGACCAAACGUCCUGAGUGAGUCCAGCCACAGGAGAGAAGAGUCAAACUACAACCUGCCGACGCUCCACACACUGACCGGUAAAAAGAAGGCAGAAACCUCAGAGAGAGCCACGUGUGAGGGAUCCCUCUCUCAGGAAGGACAUAAGUGCAAGAGAUGUCAAGGAGAACAUCAUCAAGAUAAAGCUUCACCUGGAGACUCAAUGGCUUCCAGAUCAGAAGAGGAUCUCUGCUGUUCCGUCUGUCAUGAUGUCUUCAGAGAUCCUGUUCUUCUGUCAUGUAGCCACAGCUUCUGUAAAGUCUGUGUGGAGAACUGGUGGAGAGGCAAAGAAGAAAAAUUGUGUCCACUUUGUAAGAGUAGAUCUUCAAAGCGUAAACCACCUUGUAACCUGGUGUUGAAGAACCUGUGUGAGGCCUUCUUACUGGAGAGAGAUCAGAGCUCUUCACCUGCUCUCUGCAGUCUGCACUCAGAGAAACUCAGACUCUUCUGUCUGGACCAUCAGCAGCCAGUGUGUGUCAUCUGCAGAGAUUCAGAAAUACACACUGACCACACAAUCAGACCCAUCAAUGAAGCUGCACAACAACCCAAGAAGCAGCUUCAGGAAACUCUGGAGCCCUUGAAGAAGAAGUUACAGAGUUUUGAACGUGUUAAAUUAGAGUUUGAACAAACAGCAGAACACAUUAAGGUCCAGGCCGGACUCACAGAGACAAAGAUCAAGGAGCAGUUUAAAAAGCUUCAUCAGUUUCUCGAGGAGGAAGAGGAGGCCAGGAUGGCUGCGCUGAGGGAGGAAGAGAAGCAGAAGAGUCGGAUGAUGAAGGAGAAGAUUGAGUCUCUGAGCAGAGACAUGACGUCUCUUUCAGACACAAUCAGGACCACAGAGGACAAGCUGAGAGCUGAAGACGUCUCGUUCCUGCUCAACUACAAGGCUGCAGUGGAACGAGUCAAGCAGCGCCCCCUGCAGGAUGAUCCACAGCUGGCCUCAGGAGCUCUGAUAGACAAGGCCAAACAUCUGGGCAACCUGAGCUUCAACAUCUGGAACAAGAUGAAGGACGUGGUCUCCUACAGUCCUGUGGUUCUGGACCCAAACUCUGCUAAUCCAUUCCUCGUCCUGUCUGAAGAUCUGAUCAGUUUGAGACAAGGAAAGAAACAGAAGCUUCCUGACAAUCCAGAGAGGUUUAAUCAAUUCAUCACAGUCCUGGGAUCUGAGGGUUUUAACUCAGGGACUCACAGCUGGGACGUCCUGGUUGGAGACAGUACAAACUGGGCACUGGGUGUAAGACCAGAGUCUGAACAGAGGAAGGGAGACAAACUGUCUAGAACAUGGAGUAUAGGGUUCUAUCAAGGUAAAUACAAAUUAGGGUCACCAUCAGGAUCAUCAUUUCUCUCUGUGCAGAAGAUCCAGAGGAUCAGAGUGAAACUGGACUGGAACAGAGGAGAACUGUUGUUCUCUGAUCCUGAUACUAACAAACACAUUCAGACCUUCAAACACACUUUCACUGAGAAGAUGUUUCCAUACUUUAACAUUGGAGAUCACUUGAAGCUGUUACCUGUGAAAAUCUCUGUGACUCUGGAUCAGAGACGUUAGAGAUAAAGAUUUUAUUCAUCAUGUUUAUUUCUUCAAGAGAAAUCUGCUGAGUUUAAAAGUUAAACUCGUUAUUCUAAAGCUUUGUUUAUUUCUCCUUUUACUUCUCACUCAUUUUUAUUUCUCCCGUCCAGUGUUAAUUUCGUUGACGAAAACUAUGACGAAAAAUAUUCGUUAACGAUCUUUUUUCCAUGACGAGACGAAGACGUAACGAAAACGGAUCUUUGAAAAUAAAAACUAUGACUAAAUCUGUUUUAACUUUCGUUGACUAGACGAAAAUGUUGGUGGUUGACUAAGUCACAAUCAUUUUUUUCAACAUCAUCGUGUCAGGCUGUCGGGAGCGGGCGAGUGUGUGUGUCUGUGUGUGCGCCCCAGAUAGCGCACCGGUCCUGAGGCUCCGCCCCCGCCCCGCCCCCGCCCCGCCCCGCUCACUCGCUCAAAGACACAAGAUCAGAGCUCGUUCACGUGACCCGGCUGCUUCUUAACUAUGGAAACAGUGAAAACACAGAGUUUCUCUGGCCUCAGCUGCUCAGAGAUCAGCGCAGCAGCGUCUUGAUCAGAGCAGAAGCUGCAGUUGGUUUGCACCGAGCUUCAGUUUCUGUGUCCGCCUCCAGUCUGCCCUGCUCUCACUUUUUGUUUUCACAUUUAAAACUAAAUAUAUAUUUUUAAGCUAUUAGGCUGCAGCUAUAUGUUUUUAUUUAUUUCAAAAUAGGGUUCUUUUUAUUUCAUAAAUUUCCCACAAAUAUUGGGAGGACUCAAAUAACCCUACAAAGCUCUGUGUUUAAUUUAUUUCAAAGUAGGCCUACACUUGCCUGUGUAUUUUCUUCUCUUCAUAAGCGCUCAGUGUUUUCCUUUGUUGUAACAGGUACAAACAGCAAUAAAAUGUCAAGAGUUUUCUUUAUUGUCGUUCUAUAAUUUCGUAAAUGCAACAAACUAUAGUUUAGUAUAGUAUAACUUUAUAUUAAACUUUAUUAGCUUUGUUAUCAAAUAUGUUUUACGGCUCCAGACACAUUUUAUUAGGGGGAAAAGGGGGCAAAAUAAGUAAGUAAAGGUUGCCGACCCCUGCUAUAGACCUAUGCUAGGAGGGAUAUCUAAUGGACAACCUAAGUACUGCAAGCUGGACUAUUAUGCAGUUUUAGACACAACACAGUGUCCCUGGGCCUGAGAAGGGAAGAAAAGGAGUUUAAUGUGGCUACUAAAUGUGACUAAAUCUAGACUAAAACUAAGAAGGAUAAAAAUUACUAAAAGGUGACUAAAACUAAUAUGCAUUUUCGUCAAAAGACUAAGACUAAAUCAAAAAUAGCUGCCAAAAUUAACACUGCUCCCGUCGACUUUUCCACGUGUAUAAAAAGAUUUGUAUUAUUUUCUGAUCUUUAUCUUUGGUUUGUUUUAUAAUUUAAUGGAAAAUGUUUUCUAUCAUUUAGAUUUUGUGUGGAUCCAUGAAGUCGAGCAAACUGAUGAAGAUCCACAUAAAAACACAUUUAUCAAUAACAGCUGAUCAUUGUUCACAUUCAACAAACUUUAUUAAAACUCACACACGAGACAUUAUUCAUGUUUAAUCACAUAAAGUCUGUUCACAUAUGAAAUGAUCCAACAUAUAUGAACAUUUGUCUGUUUGAUGUGAUGAAGCCAAAAUGAUUCUGUCUGUAAAAUGGUUUAUUCAACAGCAGCCUAGUGAUGUGAUUUUAAUAUUUGGAAAAAAAUUAUAAAAACUAUGAAACAGAGUGCUGACCUUUUUUAAGUUGAAAUGUAAAUAUAAAGCCAAAAUAAUUGUGUCUGUCAAAGUGUUUUCAUCCAUUCCUCAACAGCUUCAACAUUUAAAUUCCUCCUAAAUGCUGAAGGUGCAUCGACUUCUGUUUGUGAGCAACAUAAUAAAAUAUGUUGUGGUUCAUGUUGAA